UUCUGAGAGGAGUCGACCUCACGGUACCACCGUAAUUUCACAGCCCUGGGAUACAGCCAGAGCUCUCCUCGAUAAGAGCCACCAGCCUAAAGCAACGCAGAGCAAUGCGGGGGUGAUUGCCUUCUCAAAGGGAGAGGGGCACCCUGAGGACCACGCACAGAAACGCACACGCUCUGUCCUCUAGGCCGCCAGCGACUGAAACCGGGAGAAGCACAGUACUCCUGAAUGGUCGAAACCCUAAAGAGAAGCAUCAGCUGAGCAGUGCAGCAGCAGCCAUGUCUCUGCCCUUCCGCAAAGAGUUGGAGAAAUACAAGAAUAUCAACGAAGAUGAAAUACUCAGCAAACUCUCGGAGGAUGAACUGAAACAGCUAGAACACGUUCUUGACGACCUUGAUCCUGAGAACGCCUUGCUUCCCGCGGGCUUCCGGCAAAAGGAUCAGACCACUAAAGCUGCCACCGGCCCCUUUGACAGAGAACGCCUCCUUUCGUACCUGGAGAAGCAAGCGCUUGAGCAUAAAGACAGAGAAGACUUUGUACCGUUUACAGGGGAAAAGAAAGGAAAAAUAUUUAUCCCUAAAGAAAAGCCCAUAGAAACUCGUACAGAAGAGAAGGUGACCCUGGAUCCGGAACUAGAAGAAGCCCUGGCCAGUGCUUCAGACACUGAGCUCUAUGACCUUGCAGCUGUUCUUGGCGUGCACAACAUGGUCAACAACCCAAAAUUUGACGAAGGAGGAGCCCGCAGUAAAGAUGGAAAAGGAAGCGUGAGAAAUGUGGUCAAAGGUGAAAAGGUCAAGCCCAUUUUUGAGGAGCCACCUAACCCAACCAAUGUGGAAGCAAGUUUACAAAGGAUGAAAGCAAAUGAUCCUAGUCUCAUAGAAGUUAAUCUGAACAACAUAAAGAACAUUCCUAUUCCAACACUGAAAGAAUUUGCAAAAGCUUUGGAAAGCAACACACAUGUGAAGACAUUCAGCCUUGCAGCUACUCGAAGCAAUGACCCUGUAGCUAUUGCAUUUGCUGAUAUGUUGAAAGUGAACAAAACGCUGAAGAGUCUGAAUGUAGAAUCCAAUUUCAUCACUGGGACGGGUAUUUUGGCACUGAUUGAUGCACUGAAAGAGAACGAAUCCCUGACAGAGAUUAAAAUUGACAACCAGAGGCAGCAGCUAGGGACAGCUGUAGAGAUGGAGAUUGCCAAGAUGCUGGAAGAGAACUCCAAGAUUCUCAAGUUUGGAUACCAGUUCACAAAGCAAGGUCCAAGGACCAGGGUGGCAGCAGCUAUAACUAAAAACAAUGAUCUGGUUCGUAAAAAGCGAGUGGAAGGAGAGCGACAGUAGCCAUGCCACAGAGGACGCAAAACACGAUUGGAGGCAGCCAACAACUGCAAUCUCAGAGUGUUCACUGGUCAGAAGGGAAGACACUGGAAAACCAUUACAAUGGGAGUUGCCUGUUUCCGUUCAUGUCUCCUUUUAACCUUGAAAAUACAGCCUGAUCCUUUUUAACUUUCACAGUUAAUUUAACUUUUAUGAUAAAAAUUGAUUGUUGGUUUGACAUUAAUGAAAAAAAUGUUCUACAACAUCUGAAGCCAAUAAGCAGAAUGUUACUGUGUUACUGAGCAUAACAUAUGGUGACAUUGACCUUUAUUUUGGACACUUUUUGCCAUGGUAAAAUAUAAUCUCGUGUAUGGAUAAGGGAUUUUCUGCUUAAAAUGGAAAUUCUAGGGCCAAGUCCUACAAUGCCUUAUGUUUGUGAAUAGUCCUAACUUAUGUAUGAAUUCAAUGUGAUGCUCCAGUAAUGCCGUGCAAGUUUGCAGGAUCACACCGCCGGGCCUCUCUCCUGCUCUCCGACCUGGACAACAGGAACUCUGCAUUUGACAGAGCCCUGCUACCUCGUGUGGGUCUCUGCCCGUCCGAGUCCAAGAGCAGGAUCACGCCCAGGUGCAUAAGCAUUGUCAAAGCUUACUUGUUUACAUAAGCUGAGGUUCGUCAGGUGGAUCAUUUCACAAUGUUACACUGAUAAUUGUUAACCUUACUCCGCAACGGAAAAGUAGGAUUAGUGUUGCCAAUCCUAGAUACCUUAAACAUUAGCUUUUUUUCUAUUCCAGUAAGUUUUUAUUUGUUACAGCAGUAUUUGUUUUGCUUUGAGCCGUGUGUUUGACCUUUUUCAGUUCUGGUAUUUAUGUGCAUUUGUUAGUGUUAUAGAACUCAGGAGCUUUUAGAUGAAGAUUAAUUAAAUAGAUAAUCCAGGACAGUGGCUGUGCUACCAGGAAAAAACAGUAAGAACAUAGCUGUACCAAA